AUGGCAGCUACUGAAGCAAAAAUGUUGGAACGAGGAAACCUGGUGGCCAGUGAAGCAGAAUCACUGAUUGAGCGGUUAUCUAGACAGUCCAUAUCUGAUGUUGGAUCUUCAAAAUGGACACGACAACAUCAGGACUUGGAACGACUCAAUAUUCAAGCCCAUUAUAACGUACUCAACCAGAACGAAGAGUUUAUUACUGAAGCCUUAAUCACAUUCGACAAGAUCCCUACUCUAAUCCAUGAACUGCUGGUCAUCAACUUGUGGAAGACCAAAGUUCUACCAUUGAUUGCCAACUCGUUGCCCAAAGAACAUGCCGUCAAGUUAUACUUUGUGAUGUAUCAUGAAGCAAUAUUGGUCAACUUGCUAGAGAUUGUCAUGUAUUCCAAGUCGUCAUGCUUGGCUGCUGGUGACACCAUAUUAGAUGUUAUAGACUAUUGUGCAAAGAAGUUUGCAUUGUUGUCUACAUGGACUGACUCCUCAGAUCCGAUGGAAGGUAAAACGUCUACUCAAGACAUGCUUCAGGUCUCAGAGGAAGAGCAUCAUGUAGCAAUAGCCCGAGAUCUAGACUAUGCAAUAGCAACAAGCACCAUGUCCAUAUUCAGAUACUUGACUGACUACAUCACCGAUCUUUCAUUAACAGCCAUGACUCGCAUCUUAAACACAAACGAUAUGAUUUGCAGUUGUGUAAGUGUCAUGGAACGUGCACCUUGGCUUCGAAAGACGCAACAACAUGGCAUGCAACGAUUUGAAGAUGGGAAAUGGAAAAAUGUUACCGUGGAGGAUGUCUCUGUUUUGGGAAAGGUUGAAGCUCAGAUGUGGAUUGCAUUAUACAAUAUGCUGUUGGAACCUGAAUGUAGGAAAAAGUACGAGUAUACUACAUCUCGACAGUCUAAGAUUCUUCGAUUAAGGGACUUUAUAACAGAAUCACUAGUAGAUCAAUUACCCGUUUUAGUUGGACUACAACGAGCAUUAGAAGAGUUGAGCAUCAUGCAACCUCCGGAUGAUCCUAGUGUCCAUCGUCGUGGUGCUAUGAUUGAACAGGUGUCUGAGUUGUAUGACGAGAUCAUCAAAGGCGUUGACUGGAAAAAGACCGCUCAUGCAUAUAAAAAGCAUGCCAUGCAAGAAACUGAUGCAUCGCGUAUGGAGACUGCCAAGAGUUUGGCAUCCAUGUACGAUCUAUCAGAACUAGAUGCACUGUUGGAUGAUCCUAAAUGUGCCAAAUGUGGUAAUCCGGCAGAGAAACGAUGCUCUCGAUGUCGUCAUGAAUGGUAUUGUAGUCGAGCAUGUCAAGUUAAGAGCUGGGCUGGGCAUAAAGCGAUUUGUGAUAUCUUAUACAAGGAGGUGUUGCAUGCUAAUGAGGAUGGAGAUGAGGGGGAGGGGCAGCAGCAGCAGUUGGUUAGUUGGUCUGGCAUCAAUGUUGCCGUGCAAUUACAAAAGAUUGGUUUCACGAAUUUCACGCUGUAUGAGAAGAAUCCUCAUUUGGGAGGAACUUGGUUUGAAAAUCGAUACCCUGGAUGCGCAUGCGAUGUGCCAUCGCACCUAUACAACUUCUCCUACGAGCGCAACCCAGACUGGUCAUCCACCUAUUCUUCCUGGGACGAAAUCCUCCAAUACACAAUCAAAGUCGCCACCAAAUACAAUGUCAUCCCCUUCAUCAAAGUAAACCACAAAGUAAUCGGUGCCACGUGGAACGAAUCGACUGGAACAUAUCGUGUUGAGAUUGACAAUAAUGGUACUAUUGUCACAGACACGUGUAAUGCAUUGAUUUUGGGAACUGGGGCGUUGAAUUCGCCGAGGAUUCCUGAUGUGCCUGGAGCUGAUACUUUUCCUGUUACUUUGCAUACUGGGAGGUGGGAUCCGAAUGUGAAGCUUGAGGGGAAGAGGGUUGGUGUUAUUGGGAAUGGGGCUUCCGGAAUUCAAUUGAUUCCUCAGAUUGUUCCUAAGGUUGGCAACCUUGACUUUUUCAUGAGGACACCACCAUGGAUUUUAGACUAUGCAAUUAGUGGUAAAUACACUGAUGAAGAAAAGAGAAAGUUCCGUGAAGAGCCUGGUGUCUUGGACAAGUAUCAGGAAGGACUUUGGAAUGACUUGAUGAAAGCCUGGCCUCUCUUCUUGACCGGUUCCAGAAUGCAAAACCGGAUUAGACAACGAUCGCUGGCCAAACUUGAAGCCGAGGUUAAAGAUCCUGUGCUUCGUAAGAAAUUGACUCCAAACUUUGCAGUUGGGUGCAGAAGACUGACAAUGAGUGCGACCUUCCUGUCCGCCGUCCAACAACCCAACGUAUCAGUCAUCACAGACACAAUCGAACGUGUAACUCCCGAAGGAAUUGUUCUCAAAACUGGCGAAUUAAGGAAACUGGAUGUCUUGAUUUACGCUACUGGAUUUGUAACUGAUUUCAAGCCACGUUUCCCAAUCAUUGGAAGAGGAGGAAAGAGUAUUGCUGAGGAGUUUGCUGAUGAUGCUGAGGGUUAUUUGGGAGUUGUUACAAAGACAUUCCCGAAUAUGUUUUUCAUGAUGGGUGUUAAUGCUCCAUGGAGCUUUGGAUCUGCACCACCUGCUAUUGAAGCAGUGACAAUGUAUGUUGUGCAAACCAUCCAAUUCAUGAUGAAAAACAGAGUCAAGAGCGUGGAAGUGAAAGAAUCUGUACAACGCAAAUGGAAUGAUGACGCUCUGAGCUUCUUCCCGACGACUGUAUGGUCUCUAGCAUGCGGCAAUUGGUAUAAAUCCAAGAAUGGGCGUUUUACUGCUAUCUGGCCGGGCACUUGGGAAGAGUUCAUUAAAGCUAUGGAAGCUCCGAAUAUCAAUGAUUUCAACAUUGAGCGAUGGCCUCAACCUGCUUCUGCAAGACUUUAA